AUGUUCAAGCUCCUCCUCUUGGUUGUGGCGCUCUCGAUGGUGGCCGGCUCGUUGACGGAGAAACAGCCCGAGAAGAAAAAGCAUCACUGUGAGACGGACGCUGAUUGUAGCAAGGAUAAUGAUCGAUGCCAGAAACCAAACGCCGUUUGCGCUUGUGAGGGUAAAUCGUGGUGCUCGAUCAAAUAUAAGUGUGACCCGGCGAAGAACGGGGAGGAGUGCCCGAGUUUUUCCAAGAAAUGCCUCAAAUCGGGAACGGACACUGAGUUCUUCUGUGCGCGCGAAGAGCACUCGGGCGGCGCGCCGGGCACCUCGGGACUUCAUGGAAGAUUU